GUGCCCUAUGAGAGUAAUUCUACUUCCAUAAAAGUCCGCGUGGUCACGUGACAGCCCGCCCUCUCUUUUCAAACGCCAUGUUUACUGCGCACCUCCUCCAUCACAACCAAUUGGCAGCAGCGCUAACGUAUGAUGCAACUGAGUGAUCCCAAACAUGAGUGAAGCAGUGGAUACUGGUAAGACGGAGGAUAUGCCUCCUUUGGAUGAAGACGCUGGAGUGGAGCAGAAAGAUGCAAAGUGCGAUGUGGUGCAGGAUGAAUCGGAAAAAGCUGAAACUAGAAACAGAACUUGUCAAAUCGUUGAAGGAAAACGAGAGAAGAAAGUGGUUCAGAGACUUGAUAUGCAGAUGUGUAAACCAAAGGAAAAGGCGAAGAUUGAGAGCACCGGAAAAGGCGUCAAACUUGGAGACAUUGCACGAAUUAAUCACUGCAUCGGAAAACUGAAAGCCCCUCUUCUGAAACCACUGCACAAGAUUGUAUAUGAUCGACCCGGAGCUGCGUCAUCGCUGAGGAAAAAUCUUCGGCUGUUUAAUGGGUUCACUUUCGAUGUUGACAGUGACCCUUACAGCAAAAAGUUGCUAAAAGUGAUAAGGCUUCCGAAAACACAGCUCAAAACUAUCUGUCAAACUCUUGAUCUGGAGAGGUCUGGAAAGCAAAGUGUUCUUGCAGAAAGGAUCAUGACAUUUCUUCUAUGUCCAACCAACUCCGGGAAGCCUGUUUUAAAGAAGAAGAAAAGAAAGACAACCAAAGAUGUCAAAGGUGACAAGUCUUCAUCCAAAAGUAAAAAGCCACAAAAAAAAGUGGAAGGUGGGAAGUCUAGAGCCAUCGUCACUGAUUCCAGCAGUGAUGAUGAUGACGACGAUGAUGAAGAUGAAGAGGAAAAAAAAGAUAAUAAUAAGAGCACUGAGAAGUCAACGGCAGUGAGUCAGAAGCGUAACAACAGUGAAAGUCAAUCUUCUGAUAAAGGGGAAGAUGAUGAAGACGAUGACAAUGAGGAAGAUGGUGAGGAAAAGCAGAAUGAUGCUCCUGACAGUGAGGAGGAAAAAAAAUCACCUCGUAAGAAGAAAUCUCCUGCCAAGAAACAACCUGCGACAAAGAAAUCUGAGCAAAAGUCUGAUGAGUUAACAACAGAUGACAGUGACCAAUGCAGUAAGGAAGAAAAGACUGUCAAAAAGACAACAAAGAAACCUGCAAAAAGAAAAGCUCCAGUGAAGCCCGUCCCCAAAACCAAGAAAGCUGACAGCAGUAGUAACAGGGGGAAAAAGACAGCAAGCAAGAGCAAAUGUGAUGAUAGUGACAGUUCUGACGAUGAUCAGCCAUUGAUCAAGAUGAUUAAAAAGCCACCAAGCGAUGAACAGCUGAAGGCAACAAUCCAGGAUCUGCUCAAAGAUGCAAACUUGGAGGAAGUCACAAUGAAGCAACUCUGCCGACAAGUUUUCGACAAAUACCCAGACUUUGAUCUGACCAGCAGGAAGGACUUUAUCAAGGACACUGUUAAAAGUGUAAUAUCCUAAAGGGAAAAACUGCUUUAUUUAAAAAGAGGGCGAGGGUGAAGAUGAUGCAUCAAAACUCUAUUUUCAUGACAUCACUUGUUUUGUUUUUUGUCUUUUUAUAUGAAGUUUCUGAGCUUUCCAUCAAAUUAAGCUUUUUUGUAUUUUAAAGUAUUAUUGUGUUGAUUUGAGACAAUUGAUCAUGAAUAUUGGAUUUUGUUUUUAUUUAUCAGUUAACCAAAUAUUACAAAUUUUAUAAUUAUAUUUUUUUGGAUUGUAAAAGGGGCUGUGAGGGGCCAUUCGAAAAUUUAUGCAAGACCUUGUCACUACUACAACACCUUUAAUACGCAUAGUUUUAUGAGCAAAGUCAAAAGUUUAUGUCAUAAUUGUGUUCAGUGAGCCCACAAGUCAUUUCGGGUUGUAUGUGUAUUUCUGUUGAUAUAGGAUUUAAUGUUUUUAUUACUAGCUUGUAGGGCUGUCACGAUUAUGAAAUUUGAUUGACGAUUAAUUCUAAUAAAUCAUUGCGAUUAUGGCGAUUAAUUGUCUGUUUUUGAGCUUUGCCAUUUAAUUCUCAUUCAUUUUUUAUUCAGCGAUUGAAACGACCAUAUUGUUCUGAAUACAAGACUGUUUUUUUCAUGGAAAUACAUCGGAAAAAAUUGGGUCAUCAUAUAUUUAAGGUUUAGGCUUUUACCUGUCAAUAAUACAACCACCAAAUACUUGUAAAUGAAGUAAAUUCAUCAGGUGUGAAUUGAAGCCACCAUUAAAAUUUGAUUUCAAAUUUUUUCUCACUUGCAAGACUACAGUAAAAUUUUACUUGUGUGUUAAUGAAAUUUUGGUAGACUGGUUUUCACACUGAGAUUUGCUUAAAUAAUAUUAAAUUGUACUGCAGGUAAUUUGUAUAUGUUUUAGUUUUUUUUUAAGUGAUUGUGUUGUGGUGAUACAUUUUACAAGUAUUACCAUGCUUUAGUAACAAUAUAUACACUAAAAUAUGCAAUAUGCAGAUGCACUACAGCUCCCCCUAGUGUCUUCUAUAGAGAUGUGCGAUAAUUGCGAUGAGGUCAAACAAUCGCGAUGAGACGAUUAUUUAAUAAUCGUGACAGCCCUACUAGCUUGUAUAAAGACUUGGCUGAUUUGGUUGAUUUACCUUCCCUUAAUCUUUGCUUCAUAGUUAGAUUUUUGUGUUGUGUAAAUACAUGCUCCUAUGUGCAUUUGGAUCUUAUUGUAUUUUAAAUACAAGUCAUAGAACAAGGUCUCAAAUCUGUCAUGUUAUUCAUAGCUUUGGAUCAGUUGUUAAUGAUAUAGUUUUGGGAUGAGAUUGGAAUCAUGGUUGAUCUAUUAAGUUUAGCGGUUAUCCUCAGUGAUAGUUUCAUCAAAAUGAAUGUUACCGCAAACCAGAACACUGAAGACAUAGCAACUAUUUAUAUUACAGGUAAGUGUCUACUCUAAACCUAUAUGAAUAAUUUACUUUCAUUGGAGACGACAAUGUAUCGAAGAUGUUGAGUUUUCUGUUUAAUACAUUGACAGCAACUAAAACAGGAUUGAAUCUCUCAAAUCUGCAAGACAUUUUGUGUUCAACGAAGUAUUGGGUUUGAGACAUUGUGUAAAUUAUGACAAAUAAAUGUUUGUAAACUACAUCUAGAUGUGAAGAGAUUGGUUCCAAAAUGAGUUAAUGCCUAACAAUUUUUCAAAAAACAUGUUUUUGUGCAUUCUAAUUAAUAUAAAUCAAACUGCAGUUAGUUUGUUUUGAUGUAAGCCAUAAUAACAAUAAAUACAGCUAACUAACACAAUAAAAACAUGAUAGCAUAAUAAAAAGCAUGAUUGAAACGGAUUUAUCUUAUUUUGGAACCAAACUCUUCAUGCGUCUCAUUUAAAUUCUUUACUGGGUAGCUUACGUAAAAUACCACGUUCCCUGACCGGGAACCCGAACCCGGGCCGCGGCGGUGAGCGCCGAAUCCUAACCACUAGACCUGUUGCUAUGUUAAAUUAAUUAUUAGAUAAAUUAUUUUAUUUAAUGCUAUUUCUUGAUUUUUAAAAACUAUUUUAAAUAAAAUACAACCACCAAAGA